UGCGUUGCGGAAGGUGCUUUUCUUGUGAUAAAAAUAAAAAAUCGCAAAUUUUUUGUUUUGUAGGAUUUAAGUCUUAGCGUACAUACACGUUAAUUAUGUUCACAAAGUAAGAAUUUAUUAUUACGUAGUCCAACUAAGAGAAAUACAUUGAACGGUGAAGUAUUGGACAAACCCAGACUAUGAAGCAUCUAGCAGCUUGGUAUCAAAAAAAGAUAAGUUCCUACGACAAAGAAGAAUGGGAGACCAUGGUAGAGCAGUUGCUAAUGAGGAGCACAUACCGACGGAGAAUAGUUGACUUCUCAUCACAUGCUAGAUCAUACCUUAUUGAUGUUGACUUAGUAAGAGGCUCAUCAUUUCCAAAGGCCAAGCCCACUCUGGGCAUGCGUAGAGUGGUAUGGUAUGCACUAGUCAGACUUUUAUUCCUGCCUGCGCUAUAUCAGUGGUGGACUCAGCAAACAUCACCUUCUUGUGCCAGAUUCUUACUAGGUUUAUGGAUACUACAAGUAGUCAACAUAUCUGUAACUGUUUUAGCGCCUACCUCAGUAAAUAUAGACUCUAAUAGCUGGAUGGUUCCUAUGGCCCUCAUGUUGGUAUUGAAUGUAGUACACUCACAAAUUGUAAGCACCACCGAAAUGGAGUUAGCAAGAGUGCGUCCUAGAUCUACAUAUCGGAGAAAACUGCCACGAAAUUUCAGGAAAACUCGCUCUGACUGUGACGGCGGUAGCGGUGGCGGUUCCGCUGAAAGCGGUGCGACGUCCAGUCAUAGCAAGACGCCGUCGACCAAGCCGCAGAAGUUCAGACGGCGGUUGUCGAGAUCUGAGUCCAUAGACAUUGGUCUGAGAAAAAGAAAGAAGGAUAGCACCGUAGAAGUGAAAGAGAUAAAACAUUCAACAUCAGACAAAAUGAUAUCGUCUAAAACAAAAGUCAAAGAUUCGGACGAUGAAGACUACAUGUCUUGGAAGAAACCUGACGGGUCCAUACAACCGUCUCCCAUAGUCACAUUCACUCCACCACCUGAGGACGUACCCAAGCCAGUAUUUACUUACAAACCAAACAUACUCACAAAGAAGUAUCUUGAAAUAUUCAACAAACCCCAAUUGGCUGAUGGCGACGAUGGGUUUGAAAGUCUCAACGGCUACGUCAGUAAUGGCAGCGAAGGGGACAACCACAGCAAAUAUAUAGAAGCCAAAAUCAAAAGAUGUAUUAAAACCAAUGAAGAUAGGAACCAAGCAACAACUUCUAAUGACUGCAUUGAACCAAUGACUAGUACUCCUAAAGAUAAGGACGAGGAAGAGAAAUAUAUUGACCCAGAAUCAGAUAGUCCAAGGACCACAAAUAGUCCGAACCCUGAGAAGAGAGUUGGUGUUAGAUUCAGAAACUCCUGGGCUAAGGGUGUCCAACCGGAGUCGAGUGACGAGGAAUUCGCUAAUGUUAACCCCAAGAAUAAGAAGUGUGAGAACUAUCAGACAUCGUCAUCAGAUGGGGAGUGUUCGGCCUCAGCGCCAUCUAUCGCCCUGCCAUCACACCAUACUAUGUCGGACUGGGUUGGCCAAAUCACUAACAGCGAGGAGAGCAGCUACGGAUCACAGUCUGAAGCCGGCCAUUCCGACGUUGGGUUCCAUUUAAACGCCGACAGCUCUUGGGAUCCGUUUGCAAUACUCGAUCCUUCUAGUGAUACAGUCAAGUGUACGAUGUGGGAGCGAGGUUCGACUCUACGCGCUGAGCUAUCCGCUGUCGACAUUAGCUGGUAUGUCGUGGCGAGGGCGGAGCGGGCGCUCGCGGCCGCGGGCGGAGACUGGGCGGGGCUUGUGAUGGCCGCGCUCGUGGCCAUCGCCCCGCCCAUAGCGAGGCUUAUGCAGGUGGCGAUAGAACAAGACACCAAGUCGGAAGAGGAGCUACAGAAUGUAUCGCUAAUCAGCUACAUCCCCGCGACGGUAGUCAACUACACGCACGGCUCCGUUAGAGGGGUGCUUAGUGGCGCCUUUGGAGAUAACGGAUGGGAAAUGACAUCUAACGUCCUCUCGUGCGUUCUACGUUUCGCUCUCAGUGGUCUGGUAUUCUUCCUACUGUCGGUGGCCGAGAGGGCGUUUAAACAACGGUUUCUGUACGCCAAGCUGUUCUCGCAUCUGACGUCGGCUCGACGCGCGCGGAAGUCUGAGCUGCCGCACUUUAGACUUAACACCGUCAGGAAUAUUAAGACUUGGCUGUCGACGAGGUCUUAUUUACGGCGCCGCGGGCCGCAGCGCUCUGUGGACGUGAUAGUGUCGGCCGCGUUCAUGUUGACGCUCAUACUGCUGGCUUGCGUCAGCGCACAGCUCUUGAGAGACACAGAAACUUGGCGCGGCUGGCUAUUAGAAGCGAUGGUAUGGAGCAUCUGCCUUGGUAUCUAUCUGCUGCGGCUGCUCACUCUUGGCGGGAACGUCAACCGGAAGUACCGUGGCUGUCUAUCGGCCAUCUUGACGGAACAGAUCAACUUACAUCUGGCCAUAGAGCAAAGACCAGAGAGUAAAGAGCAACUCACAGUGGCGAAUAACGUGCUUAAGCUGGCUGCGGAUUUGUUGAAGGAACUAGACGCGCCGUUCAAGAUCUCAGGUAUAUGUGCCAACCACUACCUGUAUACAAUCACAAAAGUCGUCAUACUGUCGGCUUUGUCGGGGGUGCUAUCAGAGAUGCUUGGAUUUAAACUUAAGUUACAUAAGAUUAAAAUUAAAUAAUUAUUAUAUUCUAAAGUGGACAAAAUAUGCCAUAUUUUUCACAGGGUUUUUUUUUGCCUUGUAUUUGCCAUUCAGGCUAAGCCAUUCUCACCUGUAGAAUAAUGAAGACAUGAUUGUACGAAAUGGGUAAGUAACGUUUUAUAACUUAUGGAUGUCGCAGCCGACUGCUUUAAAUAGCCGUUCAAUCAAACA